UUACUGAGCAGUAAGAUGAAAGGUGUAUUGGUUCUACUCCUUUGUGUUUCAUGCCUUUUGGCCUUGACUCAAGGUUACUAUCAUGGUGGAAGUGGAUUUGAACCACUCAGAAAACUUAUCAGAGCUCGACUUUCAAGAAGAUCAGUUAAUUCUGUUACUGAUGAGGGUGCCUCAACUGAGCAUUCCCCAGUUUAUUUGGCUCCUCAAGAGGGCUUAAAGGAAGUUGACAAGAUUUCGACGUUGCCGGGCCAACCGAGCGUGAAUUUUGACCAAUAUGCAGGUUAUGUUACAGUGGAUCCUGCAGCAGGUCGUGCACUGUUCUAUUAUUUCACCGAGUCUGAGAGUUCAUCUACCAGGCCUUUAGUGCUGUGGCUCAAUGGAGGGCCAGGCUGCUCAUCAUUAGCAGGAGGAGCAAUGAUGGAACUCGGACCUUUUCGGGUGAAUCCAGAUGGAAAAACACUUUGGCAUAACGAAUACGCUUGGAACAACUUGGCAAAUGUGCUCUUCUUGGAAUCUCCAGCUGGUGUUGGAUUUUCUUACUCCAACACUUCAGUAGAGUAUGGAGACAAACAAACUGCUGCAGAUUCUUACACCUUCUUACUUAACUGGUUUGAACGAUUCCCUGAGUACAAAACCAGAGAUUUCUACAUAGCUGGAGAGAGUUAUGCCGGCCAUUAUGUGCCUCAGCUCGCUUCGUUCAUCCUCAAAAACAACAAAAUCACAAAUCAUACUGUCAUUAAUCUUAAAGGAAUAGCUAUUGGGAAUGCAGAAAUAGAUUUUGAGGACGAGCUGAGUGGCAUGUAUGAUUAUUACUGGACGCAUGCCCUCAUAUCUGACGAACAUCACAAGGCCAUUCUCUCCAACUGCAACUUCUCUUCGUCAGCUUCCGUCUCAGCAGUUUGCAACUCAGUUCUUGACCAAGCUGAUGCAGCUUUAGGCACUGUCUACUAUUAUGAUAUUUACGCUCCCUUAUGCAAUGCAUCAUCAAAUUCUCCCUUGGUGUCUGGAUUUGAUCCUUGCUCCAGUAAUUACGUUUUUACCUAUUUAAACAGACCCGACGUACAAAAGGCGCUUCACGCAAAUGUUACUGGGAUUACUGGCCCUUGGGAUGCUUGCAACAACACUGUAUUUCUGAAUUGGAACGAUAGGCCAGAUACAAUAUUGCCUACCAUCAAGGAGUUGAUGGCUGGUGGAAUUCGCGUUUGGAUCUAUAGUGGAGACACGGAUAAAAGAGUGCCAGUGACAUCGACUAGGUAUUCAUUGGAGAAACUUGGCACACCGGUUAAGACUCCAUGGUUCCCCUGGUACAACCAAGGCGAGGUUGGAGGUUAUGCAGUUGAAUACCAAAAUGUGACAUUUGUGAGCAUUAGAGGAGCUGGACAUUUUGUUCCAAGUUACCAGCCUCAGCGUGCUUUAGUUGUAUUUUCAUCCUUCUUAGAUGGAAAGCUUCCUCCCCGAAGAAACCCCUGUUCUAGUACAAACAUGAAAGGUUUAUUUCUCCUUUUCUCUCUUUUAUGUCUCGCUGUUUACGUGGAAUGUUAUGGUGGGAGAGGAUACGAUCCUCUCAGCAGAGUAAUAAAGAAGCGGAAAUCAAGAACAUCAGCCAAUCAUCAUACUGAGGAUGUCCUAACUGAGUACUCACCGGUUUACAUAGCACCUCAGGAUGGUCUGAAGGAAGCUGACAGAAUCCUGAUGUUGCCGGGACAACCUACUGUCAACUUUACUCAGUAUUCAGGUUAUGUAACUGUUGAUCCUACGGCUGGACGAGCACUCUUUUAUUAUCUCACCGAGGCCGAGGACUCUUCUAGCAAGCCUCUUGUUUUGUGGCUAAAUGGGGGACCUGGAUGCUCUUCAAUAGGGGCUGGAGCAAUGACUGAACUUGGGCCAUUUCGGGUGAACCCGGAUGCAAAAACACUAUGGUAUAACAAAUACGCUUGGAACAACGUGGCAAAUAUCAUCUUCCUGGAGUCCCCAGCCGGUGUAGGAUUUUCAUACUCGAACAGAACAUCAGAUUAUGUUACGGGUGACAAACAAACAGCAGCAGAUUCUUACACCUUCUUAGUUAACUGGCUCGAGAGAUUUCCAGAGUACAAAACCCGAGACUUCUUCAUAACCGGAGAAAGUUAUGCUGGUCAUUAUGUUCCUCAGCUUGCUGAUUUAAUCCUCCAAAACAACAAAAUCACAAAUCAAACCGUCAUUAACCUGAAAGGAAUUGCUAUUGGGAAUGCAUACAUCGACUACACAGAUAGAUGGGCAGGCACGUAUGACCAUUUCUGGACGAGUGCCCUUAUAUCUGACGAAACUCACCAGGGAAUAACAGAAAAUUGCAAUUUUUCUUCGGAUGCCACCGUUUCUGGUAUCUGUAACGAGUACCAGGAUAGAGCCUAUAAUGAAGCAGGCAACAUCUUCAUUUAUGACAUUUACGCACCUUUAUGUGGUUCCUCUGCAACUUCUCCAUCGAUAUCCAGUUAUGAUCCAUGCUCAGACGACUACGUGUUAGCCUAUUUGAACACACCUGAAGUGCAAAAGGCUCUCCAUGCUAAUGUUACUGGACUUCCUGGACCGUGGGAGGAUUGCAACUAUGAAAUAAAUGGAGAUUGGCAGGACCAACCUGACACAGUAUUACCAGUCAUUAAGAGGCUGAUGGCUAGUGGAAUCAGUGUUUGGAUCUACAGUGGAGAUACAGAUGGUAUAAUUCCAGUGACAACAACUAGGUACUCUAUGCCCAAACUUGGGGCACCGGUUAAGACUCCAUGGUACCCCUGGUACUCCCAGGGCGAGGUGGGAGGUUAUGUGGUUGAGUAUCAAAAUGUGACAUUUGUGACAAUAAGAGGAGCUGGACAUUUCGUACCAAGCUACCAGCCUGAACGCGCACUUACUUUCUUCUCGUCUUUCUUGGAGGGAAAGCUCCCUCUGGGCCAGAACUAAAUUGACAGGGGCCAAGAUAAAUCUGAAGAAAAUGCUUGACUAUUUCGUUUGUUAGUUAACAACCACAGUCAAAUGUUGAUGUCAUAUUGAAUGAGUCUUCCAAAAGCCAGUAGCUUCUACCUGGACAAUAACAUUGAGAUAGCAAGAGAACCUUAAUCUAGUCAAGAGAAUCUUGUGCCCUCAAUCCUUAUGUUAAUUCAUCCAGAUUCCAGAUAUAUAUGUACUCUUUGAAUAUCAAGAGAAUUGCUACAAGAUACUA